GCGGGAGCGCCCCGGUCCGGCGGGUGCUGAGGGAACGGGGCCGGGACGGGGAGCGGGAGCAGAGGGGGCUCUGGACGUGAGGGGAGGGCGCGAACGAACCCGGGCAGCGCGCCCUCCUCAGCCCCCGGGGUCAGGGAGCCUCUGGAGUCCUGUCACAGCGGCGGCACCGGAUCCCCAGAAAGGGCGAAGGCCACUAGUAAACCAGUAGGCGUCAAGGACUGGGAAAUAGUGGGUUCCCUUUUGCAUUAACAGCUUGCUCACUGCCUGACACCCGUUCCCGAGCCUGCUUUACUCCUUUCCUCGACAAGUAGCAGCAGAUGCUAUUUGAUCAGGAUGAGGCACUGUGAAUUUAUGUGGGGACAUUGAGGUGUUCUUUUAAGGAACAUGGAGCAGUGAGCUCCCCACAGUUUCUUGUGUUUCUCAUCCAUCAGAUUUUGACAUGAUCAAACCUUUGGUGGAAGAUGUGCGAGCCAGGCUGCGUUCUGGAGUGACUGUCAGCUCCCUUGGCCAGUGUGUUGAGGAGCUUGUCCUCAAUAGCAUUGAUGCCAAAGCAACCUGUGUAGCUAUCAGGGUGGAUUUGGAAGCUUUUAAGAUCCAGGUGGUGGACAAUGGCUCUGGGAUGGGGAAAGAAGACUUAAAGGCUAUUGGAAAGAGGUACUUCACCAGCAAGUGCAGCUCAGUGGGAGACUUGGAGAAACUGACAUUCUAUGGCUUCAGAGGGGAGGCUGUGGCAAGUAUAGCCAACAUGGCCAGUGUAGUGGAAAUUUCAUCUAAGACCAGCAGGACAGCCAAAACCUUUGUGAAACUAUUUCACAAUGGGCAAGCACUGGAAGUGUGUGAAGCUGAAUUGAACAGACCAAGUGGCGGAACUACAGUCACUGUGUGUAAUCUGUUCCAUCAGUUACCGGUGAGGAGAAAGUGUAUGGAUCCCGUGUUGGAAUUUGAAAGAGUGAGACAGAAGAUAGAGGCUGUUUCGCUAAUGCAUCCUUCUGUUUCCCUUUCUUUAAGGAAUGAUGUUUCUUGUUCUAUGGUGCUUCAGCUCCCUAAGACAAGAGAUGUAUGCUCUCGGUUUUGUCAAAUUUAUGGACUGGGCAGAUCCCAGAAGUUGCGACAAAUAAAUCACAAGUCUGGGGGAUUCGAGAUAAGUGGUUUUAUCAGUACUGAGGGACAUUACAAUAAGAAUAUGCAGUUCUUGUAUGUGAAUAGAAGGCUUGUUUUAAAGACAAGAAUACAUAAACUAAUUGAUUUUUUAUUAAGAAAAGAAAGUGUAAUUUGCAAAGCAAAAGGUGUCCCUGCAAGCCGACAGGCUGGUUCAAGUCCUGUCCACCAUCGCUGUGGGCCAGAGUUGUAUGGGAUCUUUAUUCUCAAUGUGACCUGUGCAUACAGUGACUACGAUGUGUGCCUGGAACCUGCAAAGACUCUAAUUGAGUUCCAGAACUGGGAUGUUCUUCUAACUUGCGUAGAGGAAGGAGUGAAAAUAUUUUUGAAACGAGAACAUUUAUUUAUCGAACCGUGUAGUGUGGACAUCAGAGAAUUUAAUGAAGAUAAUGACUUUUGUUUGCACAACGCUCCAGUUCUGAAGGCCUCAAUCCUUGACAAGAAGAGCAUCCAAGAAAGUUUCAAGAAAGCGUGUGAUGAAAUUGUGGAUUCCUAUGAAAUGUGUACCUUGCAAUCGAAAGAUGUCAAAAGGAAGGCCAUUACUCGAAAAAAAAAUUCCAGUCUUACAGAGGCAAGUAAAAAUGUACAGGAAAAUGAAAUCACCCCAAAUCAGAAGACUGUUGAGUUAUCUAACCCAUAUAGAAACAAUAAAGCAGAGAUUCCAUUGCCCGAUGAAGAUGACACAGCUUCUGAUUUAAUUAAAUCAAAUACCUCAGAACAGGAGCCAAAAUACACUAACAGUUCCCAAAAAGCAUCUGAUACUCAUCUGAAACCUUCAGAAAGUCUUCAUUCCUCUUUCAGUGGAGGGGCCAGAUCAGAAAUAAGAGAAAUAGACAAUUGUGGUGGCCCGCAGGACUGUGCUCAGAAUAACAUAAAAGAUGUGGGCAGCCACCAAGGCAAAGUAACACAGAAAAGCAAUAAGGUCUGUGUUUUAAAUAAGAAUGUUAUUCAGUCACUGCCUGAGAGAGAAGACCCUACUGAAACAGCAGUGGGACCUGAAACUGUCUCUGGAAAUUCAAUGAUGAGACACUGUAAUGCAAGAAGAGGCAGGGAAACAGCUGAAGUGAUAGAUGAUGCCAGAAGAGGGGCUGUUAGUUCAAUACCAUCAAAGCUGUCCUCUACAGGCCUCAUAAGAUGUGUUAUGCAAAGUGAGCCCCCACAUGAUUCUGAACAAACAGAAGCAAGUCUUGCAUUAAACACACAGUGUAGGCCUGGCUCUGUCAGUGACAAGGGUAUUUUUGGCCACAAAUUGAAUGUUGCUAUUCAGUCUUUAAAUGAUAGGGGUAUUUCCAGUAAUACAAAUAAAGAAUAUACAGCUUCUUAUACCAGAGAAGCACGCAUGACUGAUGGUAAUAAGAACAAAACUUCGUCUCAUCAGGUGAGGGGGGAAAUAGCCAUGCCUACUGCCACUAGUAAAAGAGGUUAUGAAACGAAUGAUACAGAAUUGCCACUGCCAACUUCCUCAGGUAUUCCUCACAAGAAAAUUGUUAUAAAAAGCACUAGAAGGCAAAUAACUGUGCCAAGGCCUCAGUCCUCUAAGAAACUGAGCAUGUCCACGCAGCUGGGUUCGUUAGAAAAGUUCAGGAGAUACUAUGGGAGUGUCGAGUCUAUGCUACCAACACCCAUGUCACAGCAAAGUGAAUUAGAUCUAAUGGUUCUUAAUUCACAAACUAAUUGUGACUUUUCAAAGAAUGACAGUGUCAAUCGCAGUAACUUGAGCACUUGUGAAAUUCCACCUGUGGAAGGUACAGAUUCUAAUAAAGCUAGCCAAGCUUUUGGUUCUUUGGAAAAGACUUUAUUUUGCAGUGGAGAAACAUCACAGGACAAACGAACCCUUUGUCAGAGUCCUUUGACAUUGUCUGAUUAUUCCCUGGUUAGUAAAAAAAACCCAAGUUGUAAAAGAUCUUCAGGAUCUUUAUCAUCCAAACUGUCUAGAAUGAAAACUGACCACAAAGAAGUAGAACAACUUGGUGAACAAUUCCAAACAGACUCAAAUAGAAAAGAUGACCACUCUUUUGAUCUUGAAUCCUCAAAUAGUGAUUUUUUGUAUAACACUUGUCAAACUUAUAAAUCCUUAGUGGAAAAAGUGGGAGAACGUAAUGACAGUGUUUCUAAGGGGAUUGCGUGCUCGCAAUCAGAUGAUGCCGUAGCAGAGUCUGUGAAGAGUUCUGUCAGCUCGUCACCACUCAGCAGUGUAGAAGGGGAGUACACAGUCUCUUCAGGCAGUAUUUUAUCACUGCCUGCUAAAAAUGAUUGUACUAGCACGAUCUGUAAAGAUAAAAGUACAUUAGAUGAAUCCUCAGAACAAGAUAAUAAAGAUACUGAGGUUCCCCAUGUGACCUUACAAAGUAACUUGGAAUUCUCUGCAGACAACACAAGCACAGGCAAUUCCAGGAGUGAUAUGUGUUGUUCUGUCUGGCUGCAAGAUUUUGAUGCUUCUUCGGGUAAGACAAUAUACAUCAAUAAAGCAACUGGACUGAGCACCUACGGCACUCCUCCUAGUGAAAGAUUUCAAGCUGCUUGUAUUCAAGAUAUCACAACAAUGGCUGUGAAUGUUGUUUCAGAGAAUGGGUUUCAGUUCAGAUGCCAUCCUUUUAGAAGUGAGAUUGUGUUACCCUUCCUUCCUAGACCUCAAAAUGAGAAGACUCAGGCAAGCCAGGAUCUGAGAGAUGUUGAAGGGGAGUCUCUCCAGUCAUUGCUUUUGGAAUGGAAUAAUCCUGUUUUUGUUCCCUGCCCAGAGAUUGCAGUUGAUGUGACCAGUGGUCAGGCCGACAAUCUGGCUGUGAAAAUUCACAAUAUCUUGUAUCCUUAUCGUUUCACCAAAGACAUGGUUCAUUCAAUGCAGGUUCUUCAGCAAGUGGACAAUAAAUUUAUCGCUUGUUUAAUUAACACUAGGAAUGAAAUGGAUAAAAAGGCAGAUGGAAACCUCUUAAUUUUGGUGGACCAACAUGCAGCUCAUGAACGGAUCCGCUUGGAGCAGCUUAUUGCAGAUUCCUAUGAGAAGGAAACUUCAGCAUGUGGCAAGAAGAAAAUACUGUCGUCCUCCAUCUCUCCCCCUUUGGAGAUUGAAGUUACAGAAGAGCAAAGAAGAUUUCUACGAUGCUGCAACAAAAAUUUGGUGGACUUGGGUCUUGAAUUAUUGUUUCCUGAGGCAAACAGCUCCUUGAUUCUUGUGAGGAAAGUGCCAAUGUGUUUUAUGGAAAGAGAAGCCAAUGAAUUACGACGGAAAAGACAACCUAUUACUAAAAGUAUUGUGGAGGAGCUUAUUCAAGAACAAAUUGAGCUAGUGCAGACCACAGGAGGAGGAGCACGAGGGACACUGCCUCUGACGUUUCUGAAGGUGUUAGCUUCCCAGGCCUGUCAUGGAGCUAUUAAGUUUAAUGAGCAUUUGACUUUGGAGGAGAGCUGUGGGCUUAUUGAAGCUUUGUCGUCUUGCAAGCUGCCCUUCCAGUGUGCUCAUGGAAGACCUUCCAUGCUACCUCUUGCAGACAUAGACCAUCUACAGCAGGAAGAACAGCCUAAACCUAAUUUGACUAGACUGCGGAAGAUGGUGCAAGCAUGGCAGCUAUUUGGAAAAAAAGGACCCUAUUCAAAAAAAGUUAAGACUGUAAGCUGCAACCUCUAGAAGUGUUGGUAUGAUCCAUGAGCCUUGUUAUUAAACAAUAUCCUGUGUGGAGCCAAGUUCUGAGCCAGUGCAUUCACCAAAGUUCUGCUCCAGGUACUGACCUAAGAAGCAGAGACCAGCCAGGAGAACAUGGCAGGAGAAGCCCACCCCUUGUAGCCUGGAGAAGCAUCUUCAACAUUAAGGAAUUGUGCUCUAAGUCUGGGCCCUAUGUCAGUGCUUGACUCGGGGAUGCAAGGAGUUGCAGAAACUCGCAGUUACUAAAGCAAAGCACUUUUUUCCUGCAAGCACAGCAUGAUUCUGCAUAAUAGAGAGAGGAACUGAAUUUGUGUAUUUUAUGAAAUAGUGUAUUUAAUGAAAGUGCUUUGAAAAUUGGGAGGUAUUUCUUAAUAAAAUUAAUACUGAACUCA